AUGACCGGAGCUGCCUUGACAUACGUCACCGUCACCAUUGCCUACAAAGUGCUGGAAGUUUACCCUCAGAGCCGCCGCGUGCUCAUAACCUGCGACAUCCCCGAGGCACCCCGGCCUGUCACUUACUCUCUCGUGGCUAGCCGAGGUGUCCUGGUGGCCAAAAGAGUUGUGCAUGACUACAAGCCGGCCUCCUUCAACAUCAACAUCACGCUCAAGUCCAGCCCGGACCUGCUCACCUACUCCUGCCAAGCAGCCUCUAACCUGGGCACCUACGGGCCCAGCAGCAGGCUGCGGAUGUACUCGGAGCUGUGGGCCAAGCCCGUGUCCCAGCUGCAGACUGAUGUCACACUGUACGAUGGGGACUCGGGUCCCACCGUGAACCUGUCCUGCCUGGCAUCCUCUGGCAGUCCACCCAUCACCUACCAUUUGGUCGGGGAUGACGGACGUGUCCACGCACAGCAGAGGCCACUCCAUGGGGAGCCCGCCACCUUCUCCAUCCCGCUGUCCCAGAUGUCGGGCUGGUUCCAGUGCCAAGCUGCAAACGGCAUCAGUGCCAACAGCAGUGCCCGCAUCCUGCUGCCCCCAGGGGACCUCCUGCCCCUGAUACCUACCUGCAUCCUGGCUGGCAGUCUCAUCUCCAUUGCAGCCAUUAGUGCUGGGGUUCUGAGCUCAUCCAGGUUGUGAUCGGAAGACAGAGCCCAGGCUUGCUUCCCUGCCCUAUACGGGAACCGUCCAACUGGAGCCAAAAAGAGCCUGAGGAGCGGGGGCAGAAAGGGUGUGUGCGUGCAGAUCGGGGUACCAAAAACAGUGCACUCCCUGUUUGGGGGCCCAGAAGCCUAGGGCAUUAGUGUGUAUAAGGCCCAAAGAAAUAAAACUGUGUGGUGUGUGGGAA